AUGGGGAAAGACAACCUUACAGUGGUGACAGAGUUCAUUCUGAUGGGCGUCACAGACCACACUGAGCUUCAGGCCCCAUUGUUUGGACUCUUCCUCAUUAUCUAUCUGAUCUCACUGAUGGGCAACUUGGGCAUGAUCAUCCUCACCACAGUGGACGCCAGGCUGCAAACACCCAUGUACUUCUUUCUCAAACAUCUGGCUAUCACAGAUCUUGGUUAUUCUACAUCUGUGGGACCCAAAAUGUUAGUGAAUUUUGUUGUGGACAAAAAUACAAUAUCAUUUAACCUUUGUGCUACACAGCUUGCUUUCUUUCUUGUGUUCAUUGUUAAUGAGCUUUUUAUUCUGUCUGCAAUGUCCUAUGACCGCUAUGUGGCCAUCUGUAAGCCUCUGCUUUAUACUGUCAUCAUGUCACAAAGGGUAUGUUGGGUACUAGUGGCGAUUCCUUAUCUCUAUUGCACAUUUGUUUCUCUUCUGGUCACAAUUAAGAUUUUCACUUUGUCGUUCUGUUACAAUGUCAUCAGACAUUUCUAUUGUGACAGUCUUCCCUUGUUAUCUCUGCUGUGCUCAGAUACACAUGAAGUUGAACUGAUAAUUCUAAUUUUAGCAGCCUUUGAUUUGAUUUCCUCUCUUGUGAUUGUCCUUGUUUCUUACCUGCUCAUCCUCAUAGCUAUUCUGAGGAUGAACUCUGCUGAGGGCAGGCGGAAGGCCUUCUCCACCUGUGGGUCCCACCUGACAGUGGUCAUUGUCUUCUAUGGGACUUUGAUAUUCAUGUAUGUGCAGCCCAAUUCCAGCCACUCCUUUGACACUGAUAAGGUGGCAUCCAUAUUCUAUACCCUGGUUAUCCCUAUGUUGAAUCCUUUGAUCUAUAGCUUGAGGAACAAAGAUGUAAAAUAUGCCCUGCAAAGAACGUUGAGUAAUUUGUGCAAAUUAUUUUCUUUAGGUUUUCCUAAAAUAUAA